UAAACAAAGGUCAAAGGUUAAUUGGGCUACUCCCAUUCUCGAGUUUCUGUAUUGUGUCUGCUCGAAGACUUCAUUAACAAGAUGACUGAUGCUAGCCAGCUCGGUUUCGCCAACCUGCCAUUCUUGGCACACAGAAAAUCAGUGAAGAAAGGAUUCGAGUUCACUCUGAUGGUUGUAGGAGAGUCUGGACUAGGCAAGUCCACUCUCGUGCAGUCACUCUUUCUCACCAACUUCUUUGGCAACAAGAACAACCCUCCGGCCAUUGAGCGUAUCAGUCAGACUGUAAGCAUUGAUGCCACCACUGUGGAUAUUGAGGAGAAGGGUGUCAAGCUGAGGCUGACUGUUGUCGAUACUCCAGGCUUUGGGGACGCCGUCAACAACACUCAAUGCCAGUUACAGCAAGGAACUCUGUGCAACAAUUGGCAGCCAGUGAUAGACUAUGUAAAUGAGAAGUACGAGCAAUAUCUGAGGGACGAGAGUGGUCUAAACAGGAGGAACAUCGAGGAUCAUCGCGUCCACUGCUGCCUCUACUUCAUCAACCCAAUAGGACAUGGACUAAAGCCACUGGACAUAGAGUUCAUGAAGCAGCUUCACCACUUGGUCAACAUCAUCCCAGUGAUUGCCAAGGCCGACACUCUGACAGCUCCUGAGCUCAAGAAGCUCAAGCUUAGGGUUAUGCAGGAGAUUCGUGACAACGGGAUCCAGGUGUACACUGGAGAGGGGGAUGACGAUGAUGAGGCAGAGUUCAGAGAACUGAGGGAGUCGAUGCCAUUUUCGAUUGUAGGCAGCAACACACUGCUGGAGGUCAACGGGAAGAGGGUGCGUGGGCGGCUGUAUCCAUGGGGUGUGGUCGAGGUGGAGAACAAGGACCACUGUGACUUUGUCAAACUCAGGAACAUGCUCAUCAGAACUCACAUGCAAGAUCUCAAGGACUAUACUCAGGACAUGCAUUAUGAGAACUUCAGAAAGAAGAAGCUGAUAGAGGGAUCUCCCGGUCAUCAUUCGAUGGCAAACGUGGUGACAGCUGCAGUGUCUGGAGGACCGGACAAAACCAUGGUAGCCAAAGAGCGAGAGAUGGAUGAGCUGCGUCGACAGAUGGCCAUGUUGCAAGCACAGCUGGCAGCUCAGCAGAACACCGUAUAACCAAACCACCGUGUGCCUUCUACAUGUACGUGUGGACAUUACUUGAUAGCUAGAGUCUUAAACUGAGUUAUAAUUAUUCUAAUAGUCUAGUACUACAACUGUAGUAGAAUUUAGUCUUUUUUUCAUUCAUUACAGUCAUGUAUUUCAUACGUGGUAAUUUUUUAUACAAAUUGCUGACUGUGCUAUUGCUGUUAAUUCAUGCAACUUUGGUUAUUAGAAUUAAUUAAGAGAAA